ACAAGCCCUGAUGCAGAAUUACACAGAGCCGGUGAAAAUGCCUUUGUCACUUUAAAUCCUUGCCGUGUCUCAGUCGAUGACAUCAUUGUCUGAGAACACAUUACAUCACCCCUUCCCAGGCUCUCUCUCUUAAAGACAGCACCACCUUAUGUUUACUGGGCUACACACACAUAUGCACACAUAUACACACAGACAGAGAGAGAGAGACCAUAUCUGUUUACAAAUGUGGCAUCAAUGUCAACAUGCACAUUAAUAACAACCUUUAUGAGAUUAUAUUUCAUGCGUGGGCUGGUGAGUUUAUAUUGUGUGGAUGCAGUUAAUGCAAAUGUAUUAAGUUGGCCUUUAGAUGUAACUUUAAACAUAUUACUGCCAUGAUUGGAUAUUACUGUCAUUAUUUUCCAGUAAAGGCCUGCAUGAAUACAUUUUAAUAAGAAGUCUUUUUUUUUUCUUCUUUUUUUUAUUUGGACAUACAGUUUUCAUAUCUCAAACUGCAUGCAUGCAGCAGAACAUGAUCCCCAAAAUAAGUGAUUUGUGGAGAUGACUUCCAUAAAACUGCAAAUAAAUUGUGAGUUAUUACUGACAUAUUUUUGGACAGCAUGGAUCAGAAUAUUGGAUAUCAUCACCAAGAGGUUUUUCUCAUGGUCUGAAGUUGGGCCUACAGAGCAAAAAAAAAAAAAAAAUUUGCAGGAGCACACUGCAGAUAGUGCACAGCUUUAUGAUGCACAAAAGAAUCCAUGUGCAUGUUUUCCCUCAUACAUUUUCUAUUUCUAUCAAACGAGUGCAUCUCUGCUCAAGCUGCACCUAUCAGGCAAUAUGGGUUAAUUGCAAGUAAUAUGUCUGUCAGUGAGUUUGCCUCUGAUAUGCAUACACACUGUAUAAUUAAUCAGGUGUUUGAUUGGCCUGCGAGCGCGCGUGUGAGCGCAUGGCGCGCGCGUAAAUCACAGAGAUGCGGAGAAUGCUGAGAGAAUGUUUCUUUAAGACCCAUUACCUUCCAAUCCGACAGAGGGGGAGUCUGUGGUAAGGUGGCGUAUCGUCUCUCUCCGCGUCUCCCCCCCCUCCUCGCCGUUUACAUGUGGAAAAAGAGAGACAGAAGAAGAAGAAGGAAAAAUAACACAUACACUAAGUAUUACUCCGGUUUCGGAUGAGGGGCACGGACACCGAGGCGCGAUCCGGCGGUGAUGGACCUAAGGAAUAUUUAACAUCAAACAUGGACACUACAGGCUCCCCGCGAUGACUGUGCUCUCACCCCCGGUGCUGUGAGGAGCUCUGCCUCGUGGACACAAUUUAGGAGCAUCGGCCCUCUUUUAUCCCUUCCUUCCCCAUAACCCCUUUCCCUUCCUCACCCUCCGCCAAUCCCAGCCACCCACAGAACGGCUUCCCCGUAGAUACUCCUUCCUCUUGCAUAACACAGCAACACAUAAGCAUUCUGAUCAUUUACCAUGCAGGUUGGGACUUUAAAGGAAGACUAGUGAGCAAAGACAUACAGAGUGCUUGAUAAAAAAUAAAUAAAUUAAAAAAAACAUAAAGGCAAUAAUCAGAGGAAGAUAUGCAGACCAAAGGAAUGAUAUUUUUGGAAAACUGAAGAUGUAAAGAUUUAUAUUUUGUACAUCAAACUUUUAGUAUGAGCUCAUAAAAACCCAAGGCACGAAGACAAACACUUUGCACGCACAAUCCCUCGUUUAGUUUUCUUUAUUAACUUGACACACACGCCACGGUCUCAUGAUGAUGUGCGAGGUGAUGCCCACCAUUUCUGAGGAUGGGCGGAGUGGGACUGGAGGGGGACCUUCCUCACCUGCCGGGGCAGGAGUCGGAGGCCCCGGAGGUGCGAUGGGCGGAGGAGGCUUCAGUGGGAGGGAGGCCAGGGGCGGAGGAGACGAAGGAGGCAGCACAGGGAACCUGGAGUCGUUAAUGGUCAACAUGCUGACGGAGAGGGAGAGGCUCCUGGAGAACCUGAGGGAGACACAGGACAGUCUGGGCACGGCUCAGCUCCGCCUCCGUGAGCUGGGCCAUGAAAAGGAGUCACUUCAGAGGCAGCUAUCCAUCGCUCUGCCACAGGAGUUUGCUGUGUUGACUAAAGAGCUGAACGUUUGCCGGGAGCAGCUUCUGGAGAGGGAGGAGGAGAUUGCCGAGCUCAAGGCGGAGAGAAACAACACACGUUUGUUGCUGGAACACCUGGAGUGUCUGGUGUCUCGCCAUGAGCGCAGUCUGAGGAUGACGGUGGUGAAAAGACAAGCCCAGUCCCCGGCGGGGGUCUCCAGUGAGGUGGAAGUCCUCAAGGCCCUCAAGUCUCUGUUUGAGCACCACAAGGCUCUGGAUGAGAAGGUGCGAGAGAGACUGCGUGUGGCCCUCGAGAGGGUGUCCAUGUUAGAGGACCAACUUGCCGCAUCUUCUCAAGAGGUAAUCUCUUUAAGAGACCAAAUUAAAAGACGUCAACAAGGGGUGGACGGCGGGAAAGAUCGACUACCCAAUGGUCCCUCCACUGGUCUGGAGGAUAGCGAGCUGGAGAGACAGCGAGAAGGAGAGAUAGAGAGGCAGAGAGCUGAACUCUCCCAGCUGAGGGAGAGGCUGGCCCUCAUGUGCCGACAGGUUGGGGAAAUAGAGGAACAGCUUGCGGCCGCCAGGAGGGAGGUGACGAAGUCGGAGGAGGCCAAUCAGAAGCUCCAAAGGGAAGUGAAAGAGGCCCUUUGCCAAAGGGAGGACAUGGAGGAAAGGAUUACAACACUAGAACGCAGGUACCUCAGCGCCCAGAGGGAGGCGACUUCUCUCCACGAUAUCAAAGACAAGCUGGAAAAUGAGCUGGCCAGCAAGGAAUCACUGCACAGACAGAGUGAAGAGAAGAACAGACAGCUGCAGGAACGUCUGGAUGAAGCCAAGCAGAAGCUGCAGCAGACUCUACAGAGGGCAGAGACGCUGCCUGAGAUCGAGGCCCAGCUUGCCCAAAGGGUUGCUGCUCUCAACAAGGCAGAGGAGCGCCAUGGAAACUUUGAGGAGCGACUACGGCAAAUGGAAGCUCAGCUGGAGGAGAAGAACCAAGAGCUGCAGAGGGCGAGGCAGAGGGAGAAGAUGAAUGACGAACACAAUAAACGGCUCUCAGACACAGUGGACAAGCUUCUGUCUGAGUCUAAUGAGAGACUGCAGCUCCACCUCAAAGAGAGGAUGGCAGCACUGGAGGAGAAGAACGCUCUGUCAGAGGAACUGUCCAAUAUGAAGAAAAUCCAGGAUGAUCUUCUAGCUAAUAAGGAACAGCUCCUUGCUGAGCUGGAGCGAAUCCAACUGGAGCUGGAUCAGCUGAGAGGCAGGCCAGGCUCUUCUUAUUCCAGGGCGGGCAGCGUGAGCUCACUUCCAUCCACCCUUUUUCGAAGAUCUCUUCCAGGGAGCGCCUCGGAGCUGCGGUACCCCCAGGGUGGAGGCUCGCUCCCGUCCGGCUAUGGCAACUCCUCCAGUGGGGUGGUGGUCAGGCGGACGCACCGCGGCCGGUGGGGGGGUCCUAGAGACGAUAGUAACAAGUAUGGAGAGUGGGACAGUGGAUCUAUGCUGGGUCCUGGGUAUGAGGGUGGGGAAGGAGGCUGCUCUGACGACGAGGACGACAGGGAGACUCUGUUCGGAUCAGAGCUGCUGUCUCCCAGCGGACAGACAGAUGUACAGACUUUGGCCAUCAUGCUACAGGAGCAACUGGAGGCCAUCAACAAGGAGAUUAAGCUGAUUCAGGAGGAGAAGGAGAGCACAGAGCUGAGGGCAGAAGAGAUUGAGAGCCGAGUUAGCAGCGUGGCCCUUGAUGCCCCACCUCUUCCACCCUCCUCGCUGGGAGGACGGGACAGCGUCGGGAGGGGAUACAUGACUCCCUCCAUCACCUCUUCCACGUUGGCGUCUCCCUCACCGCCCAGUUCUGGACAUUCCACCCCACGCUUGCCACAUUCCCCUGCCAGGGAGACUGACAGACAGAAUAGCAAAGAGGGUGAAGAAUGCAGAGCACUUGCCCUCAUUGACUCCAGCCCUGCUGUUCCGCGAGCCCUACGACUGGACCGAAUGACACACACUCACCCAGGAGCAGGCCUCGAUGACCUCCGCGAAUUUCGCAGUCUCUCUGCUGAUGGCUCCACCACUGCAAGUCAGGACUCCCUCCACAAGGCUAGCAAAAAGAAGAGCAUCAAGUCGUCCAUCGGUCGCCUCUUUGGCAAAAAGGAAAAGGGGAGGAUCGGUGCACCUGGGCGCGAAUCUGCCUCACUGGCCUCCACACCCUCUGAUGACCUGGGCUCAGCUGACCCGUUAGGCCUGGCGAAACUUGGGACCGGAACAGUGGAGAAAGACCGCCGUAGCAAAAAGAAGCACGACCUGUUAGAGGAAGCCUGUCGUCAAGGUCUGCCCUUCGCCUCGUGGGAUGGCCCGACUGUUGUUACGUGGCUUGAGCUGUGGGUAGGGAUGCCAGCAUGGUAUGUGGCAGCAUGUCGUGCCAACGUGAAGAGCGGCGCCAUCAUGGCUAACCUGUCGGACACGGAGAUCCAGAGGGAGAUCGGCAUCAGCAACCCUCUACACAGGCUCAAACUCCGCCUGGCCAUCCAGGAAAUGGUCUCCCUCACUAGUCCGUCUGCACCUGCAAGCACUCGCUCUUCGACCAGUAAUAUUUGGAUGACACAUGCUGAGAUGGAGUCUCUAACUGCUGCCACCAAGCCAGAGCAGAAGGAGUUCAGCUGGGACCAGAUCCUGGCCUAUGGCGACAUGAACCACGAGUGGGUGGGAAACGAAUGGCUGCCCAGCCUGGGUCUGCCCCAGUAUCGCUCCUACUUCAUGGAGUCACUGGUGGACGCCCGUAUGCUUGAUCACCUCACCAAGAAAGAACUGAGGGGCCAGCUGAAGAUGGUAGACAGUUUCCACAGGGUGAGUCUUCACUAUGGGAUCAUGUGCUUGAAGCGCUUGAACUAUGACAGGAAGGAGCUGGAGAGGAGGAGGGAUGAGAGUCAACACCAGAAUCAAGAUGUAAUGGUGUGGUCCAAUGAACGAGUGAUGUGUUGGGUGCAGUCUAUCGGUCUCAAAGAGUUUGCAGACAACCUAUUAGAAAGCGGGGUGCACGGGGCCCUCCUGGCGCUAGAUGACACCUUCGACUACACCGACUUGGCCCUCCUCCUCCAGAUACCCAAUCAGAACACACAGGCGAGGCAGCUCCUAGAGAAGGAGUACAAUGCUCUCAUCUCCAUGGGAACAGAGAGGAGGCCAGAUGAGGACGGCACGAAAACAUUUACACGGUCACCAUCAUGGAGGAAGAUGUUCCGAGAGAAGGACCUCCGCGGCGUGACCUCCGACUCCUCAGAAACGUUACCUGCCAACUUCCGUGCCUCCGCCAUCUCGACCCCCUCCGUCACCCUGAGAAAAGUCCAGAGUGAAGUAGGUCCGAGAGGAGAGUCGGGGUCCGUGAGAACAUAUUCCUGCUAAAAGAUAAGCACACCAGAGCCCCACCUCCAUCCUAACCCAAGGGAAUAAAAAAAAAACACAUUUUUGAGGAAAAAAAAACCUAAGGAUCAAAAUCAAAAAUGGACACUAGAAGAUGACCAACAACUUUCGAGCGAGACGUCUCGAAGAAUCAAAGACACUGAGUGAAUGCUUUCUGAAAAGAUGAAAAAAAAAAACAAGGAGUGAAUGUCUGUUUAUCCAUCUGUUACUCUCUCUAUCUCUCUUUCUAUCUCUCACUCUCUCGCUCUCUCUAUCUCUCACCCCAUCUUGAUCCAUAGUUGUGGCAUGAUGCUGUUUGAUUCUGUAGAAAGUGGCCUGUAGAAAGUGACCAUCGCCUAUCGUGAAUACAUCCUCUGUUUUUUGAGUGUGAGAUGGCAAAUAUUGACACAAUGAAUUUAUAGUUUUUAAAAAUUGGAAACUGCAUUCCUUGUUCGGAUCACGAGAAAGAGAACCCCGUCACACAUCCUUUCAGGUGAUCUUACUUUGAUUUAGACUGAUAGUAGAACAUACUCUGGCUAGUUAACAUCACAACACGGUAGAGUUUGGGGAGAGGUAGGUUGAAAGGGAGAAUAUGGGUGUACGCAGGGGGGAAUUAAAUGUAUGUUCUUAAGCCAUAACAGACAUGAGAUGCACAAAUGUGAAUAGGACGGACAAUGAGACAAUUAGCAAAGUGCUUUACGACAAAAAUCCUGUUCAAAGUGGGGGAUUUAAAAAAAAAAAAAGAAGAGUUAAGCAUUUGUGUUAAUAUGCAUGCCAAAAUCAACCAUUUUAGAGUGAACGUCAUGAUAUCAAUCAUCUAAUGAUGUGGAAGCUUGGGUCAGGACUUUGUAAAAUGUGUGUAUUUUAUUUUUAUCAUUUUUUUAUGAUAACUGCUAUUGUAUGUAUGUAUGUACAGUAUGUAUGUGUGUGUAUUAAACUGUACGUUCAUUUCAUACUUAGUUUUAAGACUGACUGUAAUUUCAUUUUAGGUUGAAAAAGGAAAUAUGUUUUAAAUUAUGGACAUUUAAGAUAUGCUACUUGUAUGUGUACAUUUUGAGAAAAAAAAUUGUGUUAUGAUUUAAAUUCAUAUUAUUGGAGAGUAGUGAUGAUAAUUGAAUAUAAUAUGAUAAUAAUGAUAAUGAUUGUAAAAGCUGUAAUUA